UUGACCACAGGCACACGUGGGUAAAAGAGACAGCGGGAGUGAGUCUGUGUAUGUGUGUGUGUGUGUGUGUGUGUGUGUGCGCAGCAGAAAAAAAGUAGAGGAAUAUCUUCCACCCACCUUAGAGGGGGGUGAAGAAACGCUGGCAGCCCAGUACUCAAAAACAAGACAAGGCAGACAAGAGCUCCAGAGAGAGAAAGAGAGGGAGUGGAGGAGAGAACUAGAACUGACUUACUUACUGACUUACUUCCAAAGACGUCUGGCGUGUUGUUCCCACUCACUCACUUGGACGCACACUGAACCUGACUCACCGGCACCACUGACACACUUUACACUCCAACACAGUAUUCUGUGCCGCCACCUCCAAGCAUUAGCUGUUUUGUAUUAAACACGUUCCCUUUCUUGACACACACCGGCUCACACACACACACACAGACUCUUGAGUAAAACACACAUAUUGACAUUUACACACACACACACACCCAAACACACUUGUUCGUACAAGCACUGACCUCAUUCAGUGGAAAAGACAGCAGCAGAGCAGAGGAGACGAUAGAUCUUCACCAGCAGGAGGGUGCCCAAGGGGAUUGACUCUGGGUCGGCGUUGUGGCAGAAGUGAGGAGGGGAGAGAGGUGAAGUGACUGUAAGCCGUGAGUUUUGUCUGGGAGGAGGAAGACGAGGAGUACCCUGCAUGGAUACCCUGUGCAGUCUCAGUGGUCUGGACCCUCUCUGGGACUGGAACUUGACGUGGUACACGCCCCACCCGGACCUGACCCAGUGUUUCCAGCACACGGUGCUGGUGUGGUUCCCCUGCUUCUAUCUGUGGCUCUGCGCACCCUUCUACUUCCUCUUCCUCAGAUUCCGUAACCAUGGCCACAUAUCCCUCUCCAGCCUCUGCUGUGCCAAAACGGUGCUGGGCCUGUGUCUGGCCUCCUUCGGCUUCCUGGAGGUCUUCUACCUGCUGGCCCAGAGGAGUGCAGAGCUGGAGCACCACAUGGUCUUCCUGCUCAGCCCCAUCAUCCGAGGCCUCACCAUGCUGUUGGCAGUCGGUGUUAUCCAGGUGGAGCGUUUAAAAGGCUGCCGCUCGUCUGUCUUCCUCUUCCUCUUCUGGACCAUGGCGGUGGUGUGCUCCAUCAUCCCCCUCAGGGCCAACAUCCAGACCAUCAUGGAGGAGGGUGUCUCGUCAGAUGCCAUGCGCUUUGUGGCUUUCUUUGCCUACUUCUCCCUUCAACUAGCCCAGAUGAUCCUCUGCUGUUUUGCUGACCAGCGGCCAAGCACAAAGGCACACGUGUUUGCAAAGAAUCCUUGUCCGGAGGAAGAUGCUUCGUUCUUGUCUAGAAUACUCUUCUGGUGGUACAGUGGGCUGAUGAUGAAAGGCUACCGCUCCCCCCUGCAGGCAGAGGAUCUGUGGUCUCUCCGCGAGGAGGACACAUCAGACAGAAUCAUCGCCGACCUGGAGAAGGAGUGGGCAAGGCAGUGUGCCAAGCUCCAACAGCAGGAGAGGUCUCUGAAUGCCGCCCGUGCACUGGGCUACAAGCUCACGGAACAGACGCAGCUCCUCCGAAAGCUCCGGAAGGAACAGAGCUCCGGCUUCUGUUUGUUCCGCACGCUGGCACGAAACUUUGGGCCCUGCUUCCUUUCCGGAACCCUCUGUCUGAUCAUCAAUGACGCCUUCAUGUUCUCUGUUCCGCAAGUCCUGAGUCUGCUGCUGGGGUUCGUUAGGGAUCAAGACUCCCCCUUGUGGAAGGGUUACCUCUUCGCCUUCCUCAUGUUCCUGCUCUCCUGCAUGCAGUCGCUCUUCAACCACCAGUACAUGUACACCUGCUUCACCGUGGGCAUGCGCGUCAAGACCGCCGUCAUGGGCCUCGUCUACAGGAAGUGUCUGGUCAUCAACAGUGCCGCUCGUCGGACCUGCACCGUGGGGGAGAUUGUGAACCUGGUGUCUGCCGACACCCAGAAGCUGAUGGACUUUGUGGUGUACUUCAACGCAGUCUGGAUCGCCCCCCUUGAGAUUGCACUAUGCCUCUUCUUCCUCUGGCAGCGUCUGGGCCCCUCUGCCCUGGCUGGCAUCGCCACGGUCAUCCUCAUCUUUCCCCUCAACGGCUUCAUCGCCAAGAUGAGGAGCAAGUUACAGGAGGUUCAAAUGAAAUACAUGGACGGUCGUAUCAAGCUUAUGAAUGAGAUUCUGAACGGCAUCAAGAUUCUGAAGUUCUACGCCUGGGAGAAGGCCUUUCUGGAGCGGGUCAUUGGCUAUCGGGAGAAAGAGCUGAAGGCUUUGAAGAGGUCUCAGAUCCUGUACUCCGUCUCCUUUGCCUCCUUCAAUGCCUCCUCCUUCCUGAUUGCCUUUGCCAUGUUUGGAGUGUACGUGCUAAUUGAUGAGAAGAAUGUUCUGGAUGCUCAGAAGGUCUUUGUUUCCAUGGCGUUGAUCAACAUUCUGAAGACCCCCCUGAGCCAGUUGCCCUUUGCUAUGAGCACUACUAUGCAGGCAGUGGUGUCACUGAGACGUCUGGGGAAGUUUCUCUGUCAAGACGAGCUGAAACCAGACAGCGUGGAGAAAUCAGCCUUCAGCCCUGAUGGCGACGGCGUUGUCAUAGAGAACGGCACGUUCAGCUGGUCCAAAGAUGGGCCCCCAUGCCUGAGGAGGAUAAAUGUGCGGGUGCCGCGCGGGUCUCUGGUGGCCGUGGUGGGACAUGUGGGCAGUGGCAAGUCAUCACUGCUGUCGGCCAUGCUGGGAGAGACGGAACGCAGAAGCGGCCACGUCACUGUCAAGGGAUCAGUUGCCUACGUGCCCCAGCAGGCCUGGAUCCAGAACGCUACCCUGCGAGACAACAUCACCUUUGGUCAGGAGAAGAAGGACAUGUGGUACCACCGAGUGAUCGAGGCCUGUGCUCUGCUACCAGACUUGGAGAUUCUGCCUGCUAGAGAUUCCACUGAAAUUGGAGAGAAGGGUCUGAACCUGUCUGGAGGGCAGAAGCAGAGGGUGAGCCUGGCGCGUGCGGUCUACAGGAGGGCGGACGUGUACCUGCUGGACGAUCCCCUGUCUGCGGUGGACGCUCACGUAGGACAGCACAUCUUCGACAAAGUCAUCGGAUCCAGAGGCGUCCUAAAGAACAAGACGCGUGUGUUGGUGACCCAUGGCCUGAGUUUUCUGCCCCAGGCCGACCUGAUCCUAGUGAUGGUGGAUGGGGAGAUUACAGAGGCUGGUUCGUACUCAGAGCUUAUCGCCAGGAAGGGUGCGUUUGCUGAUUUCAUCAAGGCCUUCGCCAUAAGUGAACGCAGGGAGAGCUCCAGCCAUAAAGGCACCAGGAAAUCUGUGUCUCGUCUGAGCAUGACUGAUUUCUCCAUCGACCUGUCUCAAGAGCAGCUCAUCAGUGGCGACAUGGCCAGUGCCAGCAUCCAGACCAUGGAGGCCAUCUCUGACAGCGAACAGGAGAAGGAGCAUGUGGAGCUGGGCAAACUGACCGAGGCUGACAAGGCCCAUACUGGCAGAGUGCGUCUGGAGAUGUAUGUCGAGUACUUCAAGACGGUGGGCUUGGCCCUCAUCCUGCCCAUUGUCUUCCUCUACGUCUUCCAGCAAGGAGCCUCGCUGGGCUACAACUACUGGCUCAGCCUCUGGGCCGACGACCCCAUCAUCAACGGCACCCAGCACGACAACGACACCAAGCUGGGCGUGUUCGGGGCGUUGGGAUUUGCACAAGGCAUCGCCAUUUUCGGCACCACGGUGGCCAUCUCUCUGGGUGGCAUCAUCGCGUCGCGCCACCUUCACCUGGAGCUGCUUAACAACGUGCUGCGCUCGCCCAUGUCCUUCUUCGAGUGCACGCCCAGCGGCAACCUGCUCAACCGCUUCUCCAAGGAGAUCGACGCCAUCGACUGCAUGAUCCCCGACGGCCUGCGCAUGAUGCUGGGCUACGUCUUCAAGCUGCUGGAGGUCUGCAUCAUCGUGCUCAUAGCCACGCCCUUCGCCGGCGUGGUGCUACUACCCCUGGCCUUCUUCUACGUCUUUAUACAGAGCUUCUACGUGGCCACGUCUUGCCAGCUGCGUCGGCUGGAGUCGGUGAGUCGCUCGCCCAUCUACACCCACUUCAACGAGACGGUGCAGGGAGCCAGCGUGAUCCGGGCCUUUGGCGAGCAGCCCAGGUUCAUCACGCAGGCCAACGGCCGAGUGGACCACAACCAGACCUCCUACUUCCCCAGAUUCGUGGCCACCAGGUGGCUGGCUGUCAAUCUGGAGUUCCUUGGAAACCUGCUGGUCCUAGCGGCUGCCAUUCUGUCAGUAUGGGGGAGGAACACCCUGAGUCCCGGCAUCGUGGGCCUGGCCGUGUCCCACUCCCUGCAGGUCACAGGGAUCCUCAGCUGGAUUGUGCGCUCCUGGACAGACGUAGAGAACAACAUUGUGUCGGUGGAGAGAGUGAAGGAAUAUGCAGACACUGCAAAAGAAGCUCCUUGGAUGCUGGAGGGUAGUUCUGUGCCUGCUGCUUGGCCGUGGACGGGCACCAUUGAGUUUCGGGAGUACGGGCUUCAGUACCGCAAGGGUCUCGACUGGGCCCUCAAGGAGAUCAGUAUUCUCAUCAAAGAACGAGAGAAGGUGGGAAUCGUUGGAAGGACGGGCGCUGGGAAGUCCUCCCUGACGCAGGGGAUUUUCCGCAUCCUGGAGGCGGCCAAAGGGGAGAUCUACAUCGAUGGCAUCAACAUUGCUGAGAUUGGCCUUCACCAGCUGAGAUCUCGCAUCACCAUCAUCCCACAGGACCCAAUUCUGUUCUCCGGAACGCUCCGUAUGAACUUAGACCCGUUCGAUUGCUACUCUGACGACGAGGUUUGGAGAUCUCUGGAACUCGCCCAUCUCAAGAACUUUGUCUCCGGCCUGCCAGACAAACUCUACCAUGAGUGCUCUGAAGGUGGAGAGAACCUCAGUCUGGGCCAGAGGCAGCUGGUGUGUCUGGCGCGCGCUCUCCUCCGCAAGACCAAGAUCUUAGUUCUGGACGAGGCCACGGCAGCGGUGGACUGCGAGACAGACAACUUGAUCCAGUCCACCAUCCGCCAACAGUUCGAGGACUGUACGAUCCUCACUAUCGCACACAGGCUCAACACAAUCAUGGACUACACCAGGAUAAUCGUCAUGGAGCGGGGUUACGUGGUGGAGAUGGACUCCCCUGCCAACCUCAUCAGCCAGCGUGGGAACUUCUACAGGAUGUGCCGAGAGGCUGGGCUGAUCUAAAGCUCUCCGGCGCCGUGAGAGAGGGAAGAGGGGAAGUCUACAGUGCAGCAGGGGCCUACAGCUCCCACUCCUCCUUCCUGUCCGUAUACAGUAGCACCCCGGAUGGAUACCCCGCAAGAGCAGCGCACACCAUUCUGAACUCGAGCAUGCCUUAAUACAAUAGAGACAACCAAAUGAAGAUGCACACACACGUACACAAGCACGUCUUACGGGCUAUAACCAGAGGUGCAACCAAGGUGGUGUCAGCUGUGCUGACCUUUGACCUGGGUCAGUCUAAUGGGGGACUGGUCACAUGAGGGGCCUACCUGAAGCUUUUCUUUGGGCAGGCGUUUACUGUGCUACUGUACAUCUGCAGAAAUAAACAGGUGGACGUGCAACUAGGUGCCUUCAUAGUCAGUGAUGGGCAAAAUGGGUCUGUUAGUUGUAGUGUAGGGGCACACGCUCCAAAUGGCCUUUUAUCUCUCCAGUUCAACCAGGUGAUCAUUCAAACAGCCAAAUGGACAGGUCAACAAAGUCAAGCCGAGUCAUUUGGAAUAUGUGGAACUGGGUUGUAUUUAAUUAAUCCAUUUUGCCCCUCACUGUUCAUAGUAUUCUGUGCUGUAGUGGACUGAUCUCAGUCCCCACAGACAAGAUUGAGGUGCUUGAUGUAUAGUAGCAUUUGCAUGAUCCAUACAUGUACAUUGAGUGCAGACCACCAGCGGAAAUGCACUUCUGUCUCGGGUGAGCGUGGGAGACACUUGUGGGAUGUUCACGGGAACGAGUGUGGCGGGAACAAGGAGUGUGGAAGAGUGCUGAAGACAUAACGUAUUUUCAGGGACAACAUUAUAUGAAGUCAUUUUAUAAUGUGAAAAAAACUAAAAAGAGAACUGUAAAAAAUAUAUAUAUAUGUAAUUGUGUGUGUUGAGCUUUGAAUACUGAUAAAAAAUGUUUUGUUAUAUA